CAGCUUAUCCGGCCCUAGACUCACACACAGCAGCCCCACAGGAGAGGAGAGGAGAACAACACAAGGAGAGCGGAGGCACAAUAAGAGAUCCAGCCUGUGUGUGUGUUAUGAUUUUUCCUCACACCAGUGUUCCUGUAGAGCUGUUGAUGAGGCAGGCCGGGUCAGCUCCACCUCAUCUCAGCAGUGUGGUGUCCCGAGGCGGCCGCAGGGGUCGAAGUGUGCACGGCUUCUUGAGUGUGUGUGACUUUAUUUUGCUACUUUUGAACACUGGAACUGUACUGUAAGCAUUAUGACUCUUCUGGGCUCCGAGCACUCCAUACUCAUACGAAGCAAGUUUAGAUCAGACCCGGCCUCGGACGGCUCGUCUCUGGACGAUCAGAUGAGGCUAAAGCGAGCCCGACUCGCUGAGGACCUGAACGAGAAGCUGGCUCUCAGGCCGGGGCCCCUGGAGCUGGUCCAAAAGAAUAUCAUUCCCCUAGACUCUGCCCUCACAAUGACAGUGAACCAUGGAAAGUUCCCGAAGCAGGAGGACUCGUAUGCGUUCGAGGAGGACAGCAGCAGUGAGAGUCUGUCUCCAGAGCAGCACCACAGUGAUGAGUCUCAGGGUUCAGCGUGUCCUUCAUCUGAGGCAGUCGGCAGCACGGCCUCUUCCUCUUCCUCACCUGCACUCACCAGCCCACGACAGGGAGGUACAACCCAAGACCCUCCUAAUCAAUGCCAGGAUGAAGGUCAGUGUGCCGGCAACAACAGCCAGGCCACUCCCCCAAUACCUGUCCCUGCUAUCGUCAAGUCUAAGACAUCAGACAAGAACCGGCACAAGAAGCCCAAAGAUGUGAAGCCGAAGGUGAAGAAGCUGAAGUACCAUCAGUACAUUCCCCCGGACCAGAAGGCGGAGAAGUCCCCUCCGCCCAUGGACUCGGCCUACGCCCGCCUGCUCCAGCAGCAGCAGCUCUUCCUGCAGCUGCAGAUCCUCAGCCAGCAGAAACACGCACACACACACCCACAGUCCCAGCAGCAGCACACACACACUACACACACACAGGCCCAGCAGCAGCAGCGACAGCCGGCGUUCAGCUACCAACCCCACCCACAGAGCCAAACACACAAAGGCGUAAACGAGCAGCUCUCAGCCUGCAGCUCCAGUGGACCACCGAGCCAAACAAACAGUAACUCAUCGUCCCCGGUAAAGAACUCUUAUCCAAACCAGAGCACCAUCUCGCCGGUCAAACCUGGACCACUGCCGGCUAACCUGGACGACCUAAAGGUAUCAGAGCUCAGACAGCACCUGCGUAUCCGCGGCAUGCCUGUCUCUGGCACAAAGACUGCCCUCAUCGAGCGACUCCGUCCCUUCAAGGACUCCAACGCUUGCUCCUCCCCCUCCGGCUCCUCUGACAUCACCACUGUGACCUUCCCCGUCACACCGACAGGCUCCCUGUCCUCCUACCAGUCCCCUUCCUCCUCCACACUCUCACAGGGAGGCUACUACCCCUACCCUAGCACUUCCUCCACCCCUCCCAUCUCUCCGGCCUCCUCUGAGCUCUCCCUCAGUGGCUCGCUCCCGGACAGCUUCAGCGAUGUGCCAAUGUCCUCGCCAACGCAGUUCAACCUGCAGCCGUCUCCCACCCAGCUCAACAUGGAGGAUGGGCUUGGGGGAGGCGGACUGAAUGGGGUAGCGUCGAGGGCAGGGGAGGGUGGAGUUAUGGAGGGAGUAGAGGCUGAGAAGGAUAAGAUGCUGGUGGAGAAGCAGAAGGUGAUCGAGGAGCUGACGUGGAAGCUACACCAGGAGCAAAGACAGGUUGAGGAAUUGAAGAUGCAACUCCACAAGAGGAAACGCUGCUACGGAGCAACACAGGACACCAUCCCUCCUCCACCCCAUCCACCCCUGCACCACCAGCAGGCUCCCUCCAUGAUGGGACAGCACUUCUAUGGGGUGACGAUCAAGCAAGAGCCCAUGUCUUUGUCCUCCAGCUGCCCCCUGUCCUCUCCAAAGCAUCUGAAGAGCUCACCUGGCAGCUGCAUGGAGGAGAUGGGACACUGCAACGCCCCCAUCCCCAGUAUGGGGGGUCCAAGUGGACCACAAUGUAUGGACACGGCCCCGUCCUCUGGCAGUCCCUCCACAAUGUCUGCCUUCCUCAGUCCACAGUGCUCUCCACAGGACUCCCCCAAUGGAAAGCCUUCAGGGAGCCCCCAGCCUUCAUCUCCUAAUAACCCCUACCUGCUAACACCUUCUCUGGGGAGGGACAGCUGCCAUCACCCCCACCCCCAGGUCAACAACAGAGUACGCACCAUGCAGAUGCAUCAGAAGAACGGUGGCCAGCCGGUGAACUGUUCUUAUCCUUCAGACCAAAGAGGCCUUCAGGGAGUCUUUCCAAACUCUACAGAGUGUGGUCACAGCGGCUCAGCUAAGGCCGACAACCACAACAUGCAACCUAAGAUGUCAGUAUUGCCCUCUCCUCGGCAUGUUGGCCCAAAGGGCCAGGUCCCCCCCCCUGCCUUCAGUAGCUCAGAUUCAGAUGACUUAAGACAGCCCCCAUGCUAUGAGGAUGCAGUCAAGCAGCAACUGACCAGAAGUCAGCAGAUGGAUGAACUGCUGGACGUGCUCAUAGAGAGUGGAGAGAUGCCUGCUAACGCCAGAGAAGAGAGGGAGAGGUCCUCUGUAACCAAAGUUGUGCCUCACCUUAAUGUGUCCCCAGGGUGCCCCGGCCUCCUGAUCCCGAGGUUCCACCGACACUACGAGCACCUGAGUCCCUCCCAGCUGCCAUACGACCACGCAGCCAAUCACAUCACAGAGAGCCACCUGGAGACUCUAUUGGGGAGUUCGAUUGGUCGUGGAGGGGAAGUGGCUCUUCUCAAAAUGGCCACAGAGGACGGGGGGCAGGAUGAAGAAGGGAACAGAGACAGCGAAGGAUACGGAAGCCCCCACAACCACCACCGCCAUCCCCAUCACCCCCAACAGGACAAACUGAUGACCAACAGAGAGCUGAUGGACACACCUCUGUCGCCCAUCAACAGCAAGGUGAUGGCGGUCCCUGAGAUGCAGGGCAUGGUCAGCAUGGCGUUUAGUGAGACGCCGUGGGAGACAAUGGAGUGGUUGGAUCUGACUCCGCCCAGCUCGGCCACAGCGUUUAGCGUGGCUCCGCCCACUGGGCCGAGCAUCUUCAACACAGAGUUUCUGGAUGUGACAGACAUUAACCUGAACUCUGCCAUGGAUCUCCACCUGGAGCACUGGUGAAUGCCAUGCCACCAAGUGCAAGCUAGCCCCAUGCUAACAAAACUUUAGACACCAGCUUGCAAAUAGCUUUACGUACUGCUAACAUCAACUACAACCAAACCAAAGAACUUAUGGAUCUGCCUUAACAGCUUCAGUACAAACACCAGUUUGCCUUUUUAACAGCGGGAUGUAAAUUCAACUGUUAGCCGACAUCCAAAGAUUGUCUGCCAAGUGCAGUUAUUUUUGACUCAGUUCCUCCUACUCACUGACAGUUUGUCUUGUUACCGACAUAAACAGAGUCCAAAGAAAAGGUGCUUUUGACACAUCUUUGUUCUUCUUUGGAUAACUAUGCACAAAACUGCCAAUCAAGUAUAACAGCGGAGACAUGAAGGAUGCUUUCCUAAAUGAAAAACAUAAUUAAAGUGCUUUAUUCCAACACUUAAUGCAGUAUCAGUGUUACACCACCUAGACUUGAAGACACUUUUUGACAAUCGUAUAUUUUUCUGAGUUUGUAUUACUGGAAAAAAAAACGGUGAAUUGGAUGCUUUGAACGCUCAUUUUGUAAAUAUCUUAACUAUUGGUACUGACAGAGACAAGCUGAAGUCUGCAUAUUUUGUCAGCGGUGUGGGAGACAACACAAACCACAGAUGACGUGUAUCAUGUAAUCAGAUUAUUAUCGAUGUAAAUAUGACAAAAAAAAUCUCACUGUGCACUUCUACAUAAAUACAAUUUUGUCACAGUUUGCUUGAGCUUAGAGUUUGUGUGUAGAAAUGUUUGUCUUGCUUUUGGACAACCUUUUUCGUUCCAGUUUCUGUUCACUUUAGAUGUUUUUAUCCACACAAUGACAUAAAGUAGAGGAAUCCAUUUCAUUUGAAAAUGUUUGGUCUUAUGGGUUUUCAUCACUGGCAAAUAUUUGAAAAAUAUUUGUUAUAAUUUUUUAUACUAGUUUUUACAAAGGACUAUUUGGGCCUAUUUGAAAAAAUAAGAAUCUGAGAUUUCAAAAAUAAAGUCGUAGUAUCACAGGAAUAAAAUGUCAAUGCUAUAAAAACAAGGACCUGUGUCCAUUAACAUCAAAUUCUUUUUUUUUUUUGCGCUGGCAGCGGCCGUGACCUCAAAUUCAGUGAUUCUCACCAAUGUUAUAAAAGUUGUCUCUUGGCAUGUUUUGAAUUUUUCUGAUUGCUUCAUAUUUGCUAGUUUCUCCUCCAUAUGGACCUCCGCCAUUAUGGUUGAGAAAGUUAUCAUCAACCAACAAAUCAAUCCUUCCGAAGUCCCGCCCCUUCCCUUCUUGACUUUGAUUGGUUUGUGAUGGAGAAGUGACUUUAAUGAGGUCUUACAGAACUUGAACCAUUUUCACCUGAGAGCACGGUGACAAACAAACACAACAAACAGCUAACGCCAAGGGCUUCUUUGUAACUUGGGCACUGAAAUACUGAACUGAAUUGGAUUAAAAUAGAAAAUAGGCGCUGCCAACGCAAAAAGCACUGCGUACACAGCUCCAAAAGCCAUAAUUUCACAAGAAGUUAUAAUGUCGAAUGAAAGAAUAAAUUUGUACUAUUUCGAGAAAAACUUAAAACCAUUAAAAUAACAAAAACCUUUGUUCUAUUAAAGAAAAGUCAUAAAAAAGAUUAUGGUUAGCCUGUAUGUUACCAUGAAGGGGGAUAUCGUCAGCCGGCUGCCUGCUCUACACACAGAAAUGUGGAGCCUACUGUGAAGUUAUCCUUUAGUAAAGGUUUCAAAGUGCAAGAAACUGACUGAGACAGGCAGUCUUAUUGGCAUCCACAUAAUAAUGCAACUUUAAUUAUUCUAAAAGUAAGACUUUAUUCUUCUAAUAUUACAACUUAUUCUUAUACAAAUGAACAUUUGUUGUAAAAUUAAAUGUUGCGCUUUUAAAAUGAUGUCUUAUUCUCCUAAUACUGAUGUUUUUCUGGUGACAUUACAUCUUUAUUCCCAAAACAUUUUGAAUUAAAUCUCCUAACAUUACAACUUAAAUUAUUAUUAUUAUUAAAAGUCUAAUUGUAGAAUAUACCUACUUUUUUUUUAAAUUUUCAACUCUCUUCUCCUAAAAUUAAGACAGUUAAUUCUUACCAGCUAUCACCUUUCUGAUCCAAGGCCAAUCACAAUUAUUUAUUUUGAGUUUUUUUAUACAUUCUUUAUUUUGUAUUUAUAUUGACAUUCCUUUGUUUAGAUUGGGGCUCUUUUAUUUACUGGGAAUCUCCAGUGCCGCCAUUUUUUCCACGGUCACUUCUUAGUUAAUCAAGUCUCUUUAAAAAUGUGAUAAAAAGUGAAGGAACCACUUUGAGAAGCCAUGCUUUCCAUAAUUGUUUUUCUUUUUAAGAAUCUUAUGAGGUGGAAAUGACCAUUAAUAGCACUUGUGAAUAGAAAGUGUAAUAUAUUCAGAUCUCUACUGUGAAUACUGCACAUUAACACAGCAUACACUUAGCAUACCUUUACACACGGUAGCUACGCUUAAGAGUCUACACACCUGUCAGGUUUUAGUUUGCUCUGAAAGUGCUUAUUUUUCCCCACUUGUAAAUAUAAUAAAAGAGUUUCAGGAGAAUGUUGAUUCCACUCUCAUAUCUCUACACUAAAUAAAAGCGAGCGAUAUUCAUACAUGAAACAGGGAGACAGCUGCAUGCUUAAUCGGUAUGCUAACGUAAGUAAUAAGUGAUAUUUAACUGAGCUGAAGUAGCAACAUGUUGACUUCUGUAACGGCUUAAUGAAACCUAAAAUGUUGACUUACAAGAAAAUUGCCAGCCUUUUUUAAUUCAUGAGAUUGGCUGUUUGAUCUGUCCUUUGAGUCAGGCUAUGUUUAACUAUUUCAUAAAAACAAAGCUAAGCAAGGCACUGUCAAUCACAGGUGCCCCCUGUCUAACUCCUCCCCUGCUUCCUGGUCUCUGUGAUUCUAAAUGGGACCAUACUUUACUAAAUGAACAUCAUGCUGCAUGGGAGAAGACUUCAAACUAGAGACGGAGACCAUAAACAUAAAAAUGUUUACUGAGGGAAUAAAUCAGCUAUAAAGGAGGACCUUUUUCUCAGACUUCUAUUCAAUCAGGCUUACUUUUAUAAUUUGUGGAGUCGCCCUUUCUGGUCAUUGCAAAAAACAAGACACAGAUUGAAGAAGGUAUGGACGGCUCUUAUGAGCAGUUAAUGCUACAGUUUUGUAUUUACUGGGCAGCUGUUUAACACCAUCAUUUGGCAUAAAAGAAAACAGUAUUUGUUCACUUCCUGAAAUGUAAAAAUAUUGUUAUAGGUGCAUUAAAGUGAACACGUCUUUCAUUGACGGUUACAUCCUCUGGAAGUAGGUCUAACGUUGUGACUUCUGGAGUGUUGCACUUCUUCAAUGGGUUAUUUUUGGUCUAUUAAAGCAGAUCCUGACUUCCUGA